GUCAUCCCCGUCCUAGUCAUGGCGUGCAACAGACCUUCAGUCAAUCUCAUCAUCAACAGGCUUCUAUUGUUGCGACCUUCACUGAACUUUCCAGUAAUCGUGUCGCAGGAUUGUUCGUCGCAGCCGACCACCGAUGUCAUCAAGUCGUUCGGCGACAAGAUCGUCUUCAUGCAACAGCCGGACCUGAGCGACUUCAAGCUGCCACAGAGGCAGGACCACAUGCAGGGCUACUACAAGAUCGCUCGCCACUACAGGUGGGCCCUCAACCAGGUCUUCAGGAAGUUCAAGUACAAAUCCGUCAUCAUCGUCGAAGAUGACCUCGAAAUAUCAGACGACUUCUUUGAAUUCUUCAGUGCAUCAUACAUCAUCUUGAAGUCCGAUCCGACCUUGUGGUGUGUCUCCGCCUGGAACGACAAUGGCAAGGAUGGACUCGUUGAUGAGGACGGUGGAGACCUGCUGUACAGGACGGAUUUCUUCCCGGGCCUUGGCUGGAUGAUGACCGCUGACGUCUGGUCCGAACUCGAACCCAAGUGGCCUAUCACGUUUUGGGAUGAUUGGAUGAGGAAUCCAGAACAGAGGAAGGGGCGAGCGUGCAUACGACCGGAGGUUCCAAGAACCAGCACCUUUGGCAAGAUUGGAGUCAGCAAAGGCCAAUAUUUUGACAAGCAUCUCAAGUACAUCAAACAUUUCAAGAAGUUUGUCCGUUUCACGGAGUUGGAUCUCUCCUAUCUAUUAAAAGAGAAUUAUGAUGGGCUGUUCACAGGCCAGGUCUACUCGUCACAUCUGAUAAAUUUCAACGACCUGGAUGAUGUCGCUUCGCUAGCCAAGCAGGCAUCGUGCCGCAUCGAGUACAAUGAUGAGAAAGAGUUCAUCGUCAUCGCUAAGAAACUUUCCAUCAUGGACGACUUCAAGUCAAACAUUCCUCGUAUGAGCUACUUGGGCAUCGUUUCCGUCGUCUAUCACAAAGUUCGAAUAUUCGUCUGCCCUCGACAGCCAACCGUCAACUUAUCGACCCCACCUUCCCUCAGCUGA